AAAGAAACAAAACAAAAUGCAAAAAUGUAACGUAGUUUCUCCAGUAGUUUCCUUCGACCUUCGUUAUUCCUGUCAAUUCCUGUUGAUUUUCUGUUUGCACAAUAUUGUGCUGAUUAUUUCCUCUUCGAAAAUCAACUCGAAAUUCUUCUGAAAGAAUAAUGGAUCUGGAAAUUAAUUUCGAGGAGAAAUUAGAUUUCAUCAUAAAAUCAAUAUUAAGAAAAUCGAGAAAUGUUAAUUUGAAAUUACUUCAGGAAUUAUUUGAAAAUGUCACUUGGGAUAAGCGAAAGAAGGAGACAGAGAUUUACGAAAUUUCAAUGAAAAUGAUCGAAAAAUGGAGUAUAUAUCUUACUAAACAUUUCAGAAAGUUUAUAGAAUUAUCAAAAGAAACGAAUGACGAUUUGUUAAUUUGCGUCAUUUUCGAUGUCGCCUACGAAUUACGUGAUAUUUAUCCGGGAAUUGUUGGCGUUACCGUUCUACACGAUGCAAUCGUUGAAUUAAAUUCCAAAAGUCCCGACAUUCAUUUGACAGUCAUCAAUUUUUUGGGUAAAUUUCUCAGUAAGAAUUUAGAGGAAAUAAUUGAGAAGAAGGAAAAUUUUUUUCGAAAAUUUCUCAAACAAUUAUGGAAUGAAAAUGAGAAGAUACAAUUGUUAACCACGUAUUAUGUGAAGAAAAUAUUUCUCAAAUAUCCAAUGGCAAGGAAAUUAAUUACGAAAUAUUUACAAAGUUUAAAAUACAGCUCAAAGGAGGAAAAAUUGAAAAUUGCCGCUAUUUCACUGAUAACGAGUAUAAUUUAUCACAGAAUUGAAAUUUUACAGGAGAAUAAAUUUUUUCGGGAAUUCGUUGUAAAUCUCGUCACUGACAAGGAGGCUUCAGUCAGAGAAAGAGAAUUGACGUCACUGGCAAUUAUUUUUCAUAAAUAUGUGAAAAAACUUGGAAAUUUACCAUUGGAUUUGAGAAAAAUUCUCAUGACCAUUGAAUCGAAAUUAAUGUACGAAUUUUCGAUUAGAAAAAAUCUCGACGAUAGAAUUUUAAUCGAGGAAUUAUUUUCAAAAUAUCUCGUUUCCUGUCAAUUGCCAAUUGAGACGAGAAUGAAGAGAUUUUUACAUUUUUACGUCUCACUUCAUCCAAUGAUUAUUGACAAUUACAAGGAAUUUCAUUGGGAAAAAAUCAAGAGUAGAAAAUUAUUACAAUUGUGGACGAAAUUCAUAAAGGAACCAAAUAAUCAUGAGGAAAUAAUGAUUGAAUUUCAAGGCUAUUUAUGCGAGAAAAAUCCUCUAGUGAAUUCAAUUGAGUUUAUUGAAUAUUAUGAGGACUUUUUAAAUGAAAAUCAAGCAGUCGUUGAUGAAAUGGAAAAAAUUUGUCUCAAAGAUAUUUUAAAUAAUGAGGCAAUUGAGGCUCUCAAGAAAGUGAAAAUUAUUUUCAGUCGCUCCGAUUUGCAAGAUGGGGAAGUAUUUUUGCAAAUAAUCAAAAGAGGAACGCCAUUUGUCUUCGACAGCGAAAGUAUUCGAGUUCUGAUCGAUUACAUUCUUCAAGUUUUGAAUAGUAAUUCAAUUGCCGAAGAAUUGGAUUUGGAUCCAAAUAUUUCCCGCGAACGUGGAAUAAAAUUGUUAAACCUUCUCGCAGAUUGUCAUCCGGAAUUAAUGGAAACCGAAGAUUUUCUAACACUAAUGAUAAAGUAUUUAAACAAAGAAAAUAAUUCCACUAACUGCAUGAUUCUGAAAUUAUUAAAAAAUAUUGGCAAAAAAAUGUCGAUUUCCAAUAUAAUUGAAUCAGAAUCAACAAUGAAAUUGCUGUUUACCUCCUGUGAAUAUUAUGCACUUGAGGGUACAAAAGAAGAAGCGAAAAUUUCCAUUGAGUGCAUAAAAUAUUCAACGAAUAAUUAUGAUAAUUUAUUUGAUGGAAUUCUUCAGAAAAUGAUGAGAAAUUCAACAUUAAUGACGUCGUCGGAUUUCUUUCUUCAAUCAAUCGUCUCAUUGGGACAAAUCGCAAUUUUUCGAACAAACGAUGAAAAUUGUCCCCGCGUGGAAAAUUUAAUAGGACAGAUAUUUGACUUCAUUGGAGCGCGUGGCACACUCGGAGUAAUUGGAAUUGAGGAUAAAUUUUGGUGCACUGAAAAUGAAUUGCCAAUGAAUGAUAGAUGUUACGAGGAGUCGAUAAAGUGCAUUUGUCGUUGGAUCACCAGUUUGAAUAUUGAUUCGGAUUAUUUUCAAUUUUAUGGUGAACAAUUUUUGGCAAUUGUCAAACGACAUUUAUUUGAGGAAUUCUCAAAAACUGAACCACGAAGAAAUCGUCUUCGUGCAAUUUCGGCGUGCGCCAUUUUGAAACUUUGUAAAUUUCACCAAUUUCGACUCAAUUUACCUCUCAAUUUUUUCUAUCAACUUUCACAAUUAAUCAAUGACAAAUGCUUCGAAGUGUCCAAAUAUUUCAUCGAGAAAUUAUUAAAAUUGUUGAAAGAAAAUGUAUAUUCUCAAUUUUUGACAAAUGAAUUUUUCGCAUUUUUUAUUCUACUCAGAGGUGAAUCGCAAUUUAUUGAUAAUGUACGCAAUCAAUAUGAAUCAAUAAUCGAGCAACGAAGUAUUUUCGUUAAUUAUAUUCUUCAACGGACAGAAAGCAAUCCUUUUAGGCAAGAGAAAUUUCGCGACUAUUUCUACGAAUUGAUACCGGAAUUUUCCCUAAUUCCAGCACUAUUGAUUUACGCUCACGAGUCAACAUUUGACGAUUGUCGAAAUUUGAGUGAAAGAGAUUUAAAUAAAUUUCAUCAAGUAUUGAGAAUAUAUUUGGAGCCAAUAAUUGAGAAAAGCUGCUUCGAUUGCGCCGAUCUUUUCGAGAGGAUUGUCAGAAAAGUUGAGAAUUCAUUCGAACCGGAAUUUCCCCACUUGAAGGAGAAAUUCUGGACAUUGAAUCAACUAAUUCUAUCGAUGAUUGAAAGAAAACAAAUUACAAGUAAUAGGAAGAAAAUAUUUCAGGGUGAAAUAAAAAUACCCAGAAUUUUUCAUUUAAGAGAGAUGAAUUUUGAAGAGACCGUUUAAAGAAAAGAAGUGUGAAGAAAAAAAAAAAAUUUUUUUUCUCUAAUAGUCGAAAAAAAGCGUCGAAGAA